AUGGCCCGCGCCGCCAUCUACAAUAGAAAGCUCUACACUAUCCGGGCCCUCGCCAGGGGAGAUCACCGUCGCAAGCUCCUAGGGAUCCUAACCAUUCAUCUCCCGUUAAUCACAGCACCUGAUCUCGCUGCCAUCCCAAACACGGAAUUCAUCUUCUCAGUGGAAGAUAAAUUGGAACAUUGUCAUACGAAGGGUAGGGUAGGACCGUAUGACCAGGCAGUCGAGUAUAUCAGACUACAAGGACUAACCUGGGAGAAUAAAGAGGAUCAAGGUCAGCUGGUAUGGAACGGAAAGCUCAGUCUCGCGCCUAAAUUACGACGCACAUUGCUUGAAGUAGCGCGGGCCUAUCCAUGGGUAGACGUGAAAGAGGUCCAGUUGGCGAACAAGGCUAAUUUCUUCGGUAUGGAGGAUCACUGCGAUUAUCGAUUCAUCACUCAUGUAAAAUGUCGUUUCUAUUCCGCAUUGCUGAAGCCAGACCUGUCGAUCAACAUCAUCAAUAUUUCCACGUCACCUCUUGACCAUAUCACAACUACAUCCAGGUUGAACGAGGUUUCUCGGACCUACCGCAGAAGAUAUAGAUAG